GCUUUUCUGCCGUAGAAAGAUGUUAAAUUUCGCAGUAACACCGUUGGGUUUCUUUCUGCUUUAUUUUCAUUUUAAAUCGCUGAGUAUAAAUCUUACGUGAAAAGCAUUUAGUUUAAAGCAAAAUUUACGUUUUCUUAUGGCACAACAUGCCUCCUCAGCCCGAAGCUCAUCACGGCAGGACCGUCACAGCUCGAUUAGCAUCCUUCAUGGCGUUUUCGGCGAUGCCGCCGCUCAAAUUCUUAGCAAAAAGGGAUACAAGUUGGGAAAAGUAAUUGGUGAAGGCUCGUACUGCAAGGUGCGACUCUCAAGUAAAGUUUUGGACAGUGGAGAGCUCGUGAAAAUUGCAUGCAAGAUUAUCAAUAGGAAAAAGGCUUCUCAUGAUUUCGUUACGAAAUUUCUGCCGCGAGAGCUGGACAUAAUACGCCAUAUUGACCAUCCCAAUAUAGUGAAGUUCUACGACAUUAUCGACAUCAACGACUGUGUUUAUAUAUUCAUGGAAUAUUGUGACAGAGGUGAUUUGUUGGAACAUAUUCGAAGUAAGGGAGCAUUGAAGGAACCAAAGGGACGUCACUACUUUCGUCAGCUGGUAUCCGCUGUGAAAUACCUUCACGCGUUGGAUAUAACUCAUCGUGAUUUGAAGUGCGAGAACGUAUUGCUGGUUUCUGAUCGUUCUCUGAAGCUCACGGACUUUGGAUUUUGCCGUCGCUGCCGGGAUGAAGCCGGAAAAAGAGUGCUGAGUAGAACGUUCUGCGGCAGUGCCGCAUACGCCGCUCCAGAGAUCCUUCAGGGCCAGCCGUAUAACCCCAAGAUGUACGACGUCUGGUCCUUGGGGUGCAUCCUAUACAUCAUGGUCACAGCUACAAUGCCUUUCGACGAUUCUAAUAUCAAGAAAAUGUUACGAUAUCAACAAGAGCGGAGGCUUGGUUUUAACGGUAAAAACCAGGAGCCUCUUACUGCCGGAGUAAAACGACUUAUCAGACACAUGCUGGAGCCGGACAUCACCCGGCGGGCCACCAUGGACCAGGUGGCGGCCGAUGCCUGGAUCUACGAGACCGACCUGCACGCCUUCUCCGGCUCUCAGCUGUCGUCACUGUCCAGCCUGCCCGCCAACGACUAGCAGAGGGCGCACAGGCUACCCGUCGGAAGACGAUCGGCAGCGGCCUGUCCAGCGCGACUGUCCACCGUCCCUGCCAUCCAGCGCGACUACCCACCAGCCCUGCUAGCAUCCAGCGCGCCUAACCGUGCCAGAGCAUCCAACAUGACCACCAACGACGUAACGGGACAGCCAGUCAAGACCUUCAGCCAAUAACCAGAAGAAGUCCAUCAAUCCAUUCGGCAACUGACCAGCUACUACUUACUGCAGUUGUGUAACUUCCGAUACCAAGCGAUGACGCGUAUGCAUUCAAGCGCCUCACAUCGGCAGCUAGAUACAGUUUCAGUGCUAAUUGCUACGGCAGUCCAUCGUCUGAAGAGAAAACAGAUGGAAACCGGGAUACGAAAUGCGAGAUAAAGAAGCCGGCCUUUGUGUCCAUUUGAGUCACUAGGAUUAGGCAAUAGACAAACGGAGACGUGAUAUUUUGGAAAUCAGUGUAAAGUCAGGGCAGCUCGCUUAAUUUGGUGAGCUGACACAAUCAAGUCCGACUCUGACCGAAGUCCGCCCUCUGCGGUACAGUAACCUGCGCCCACGGAAAGCCUGCACAACGGUUUGGCUCAUUAGGCGGCGGGGUAAAUUUUCGCACAUAUUCGGUUUCUCACUGGGCAGUUAAUUUCAUUUUAUUUAACAUCUUCCAAAUAUACAAGCUUUUUGCG